UAACACACAUUACAAUUUAUUGUUGCAAUGUUACUGACCAGGUUUUUUUGCAAGAACGUGCCGAUUACGCUGCGCUUUUUUAGUACAUCGUCUCGAGCGAGGCCGCUCUGCACAAAAUUGCCCUUGAAUCGUCAGUCGUCGGCGAAUUUUUUAAAAAACAGAAUUAACCAGCGACAGUGCAGGCAUUGCUCCAGUGAGUCGCAAAAAAAUCAUGUGCUACUACCAGCCCUCACAGAUGAUCAGAAACUCGUUUGGCCAGCCUUUUUCAAAACGUGGAAAAGCUUUUUUACAAGUAAUUUUGUAAUAACUCCUCAAUUAGAUAAGGAUUUUAAUAUUCAAGAUUUUUCCGAAGGGGCUAAACAAGCUUUGAGUGUUGUAACAAAAGCUUUAGCUAGUGAAGAUUAUGAUAGUAUAAGUGAUUUAGUCUCAGGAGAUUGUUUGCAAAAAUUAAGACAAAAAAUUAGUUCCUUGACUCCACAACAAAGGUUUUUAAUUGCUGUUGAAAAGGAAGACAUUUACAUAACAUUUCCUUAUGAUAUUGAGGUAAUAUCAGGAAGGGAUCACAAUGGCCAAGAGUACAAAUUUGGAGAAGUCAUGUUUAUAUUUCACUCACUCAGAGGACUCAAUAGAAUGAGAUUAGAAAAUAGAGAACCUCCAUUGAAUAUGGGUAUGUUACCGGAGUAUCAAAGGCUCAUGUUUGUGUCAAAUUGUAAAUUUGUUAAAAAUUUCUUGAAAGAAGAUUCCAUCUGGACUAUAAAGUCAUUGAAUCACUUUAUGCCAAUUAAUCUGGAAAACUAGUUGAUACUUAAUUUAUUGUUUUCAGUGUAUUAUAUUAUAGAUAUGAAGAUUUAUUGUCAGCAAAGGUUAAUUUAAAAUGUAUAAAAUUUUAUUUCAUACUUUCAGUAUUUACAGAGUUUCUUUUCAAAACUUUCCAAAUUAUAUUUUACACUUGUUUUUGAACAUAUGUCUAGAAUUAAUAUGAAAAGAUUGUACAUAGCUUUGAUGAAUAUCAUAAAACUGAUUAAGACCUACAA